AUCAGUUCUCUUUCGCAAUGAUUACACUCUGUUUCGCGUUUCUUAUCGCCAUAGACUAUACUUCCGCAGUUAAAGUUUCCACUAGUUUGGGUGACAUAAGUGGUUCAAUAUUAACCUCGCGCUUGGGUGAAGAUUUCUAUGCUUUCCGUGGCAUUCGCUAUGCCCAAUCGCCAAAGGGUGAUCUUCGUUUUCAAAAUCCUAAGCCAGUAGAACCAUGGGCACCAGAAAUUUUUGAUGCUACUAGUGAUGGCCCACGAUGCCCUCAACCUCUUCAAAGCAAAUUAAACUCAGCAGAGGAAUCUGAAGAUUGUUUACGCCUAAAUAUUUAUUCAAAAAAUCUUAAUUCUAUUGGGUUCAAGCCAGUUGUAAUUUAUAUCCAUGGUGGCAGAUUUAUUGAAUUCUCUGGGGAAAGUUUGAAGUUUGCCGGGCCACAGAUACUAAUGGAUCGUGAUAUUGUUUUAGUAACGUUUAAUUAUCGUUUGGGUUCAUUGGGAUUUCUUGCCACUGGAACUGCAGAUGCCCCAGGAAAUGCUGGUUUAAAGGAUCAAGUUGCUGCUUUUAGAUGGGUUAAGGACCACAUACACAAUUUUGGAGGUGACUCAAGCUCAAUAACGUUGCUUGGCUAUGAUGCUGGAAGUAUCAGUAUAGGGCUUCAUCUGGUAUCACCUAUGACUAAGGGAUUAUUCCACAGAGCUAUUGCUAUGAGUGGAUCGGCGGUAUCCUAUUGGAACUAUCCUUUUGAACUAUUAGAUUCAGCAAAGAAGCUUGCCAAUUCCUUAAAGUGUCCAACAAAUGUUUUGGAAUCUAUGAUGAAAUGUCUCAAAGAGAGCCCACAAAUCAAGAACAAUAUUGAUGAAUUUGGACAAGCGGUUAUAGAAAGGAAUUUUGGACAGGAGCGAUUUAUUUUAGAAGAUCCAUUGAUAUCAUUUAAAAAUGGAAAUUUUCAUAUGGUUCCACUUAUAAUAGGGAUGACGAAGGAUGAAGUGGUUGAUAUUGUUAAAUUCCGACUUAAAAAUAUAUCUGAUGUCCAACUAUCAAAUGAUCGAUUUUGGAAAGAACCUGUCUUAAAAUUAUUCCAAUAUUCAAGUAACUCAACAAAAUCAAGUGAAAUCAGUGCGAUUUUAAAGAAAGGAUACCUUGAGCAACAUCAAAGCACUAUGGGACUUAUCGAACCACUUGCGAAGAUGAUGAGUGAUAGGGUAAUUGGCUUCCCUGUGCAUAGGUUUGCACAUCUUGCGGCAAGAUUUGUACCAGUUUACUAUUAUAUGUUUUCCUAUGAAGGCAGGUACAGUUACCUUAAAAGGUCCAAAGGAUCUUUUCAUUACGAUGACCUUCAGUACUUAUUUUAUAAUCUAAAUAUGGCUCCAAUGUUUUCAAAAUUGGAUCCAGAGCAUAAGAUUAUUGAGCGUCUCACUGCAAUGUGGGCUCGGUUUGCGGAAACUGGAGACCCGAACAUUUGGAAUUUGAAAUGGGAAACACUUGAACUACACAAACAAAACUAUUUAGACAUUGGAGAUGAACCUGUUAUGAAGGAAAAUUUUCUGCUCGAACGUUUUGGAUUGUGGGAUAGACUCUUUCCUUUGGACUGAACAGAGUUUUGUAUACAAAAUAAGAAUCUAAACUUUUAUGCCACAAUGUUAUAUUUGUUUAAAAAUAUAAAUAUAAAUAUAUAAAAAUAUUUUUAUUUUAACAUGGA